GUCGGUAGACGAUAGGAUUUGUAGUAUGUUGUGGGGCUCAGAUAAAUUUGAGUGGGCAGCACAAUCCGCGUCUGGAGCUUCCGGGGGAAUUGUAACUAUUUGGAACCCGUGCAUCUUCAAGAAGACUAAUAGCUUUCAAGGGGCAGGUUUUUUGGGCGUUGAGGGGACUUGGGGAGAAGAAAAUAUUCCCUGUUUUCUGGUAAAUGUCUAUUCUCCUUGCGAUUUGGCUAAUAAGAGAUCCCUAUGGGAGAAUUUGUCCAGUAUAAUAUCCUCUCAUAAAGGUAACUGGUGCAUAGCUGGGGAUUUCAAUGCCAUCCGAAGCCUUCAGGAAAGGAAAGGUGGUAUCAGUGUCAGGAGGGAGAUCAGGGAGUUCAGUGAAUUCAUCAAGAUGAAUGGGUUGAUAGAUCUUCCUAUGAUAGGGAGAAAAUUCACCUGGUACCAACCGAAUGGACACUGUAUGAGCCGAUUGGACAGGUUUUUAUUCUCUGAGGAAUGGAUGCUUAAGUGGACAGACUUGAAGCAAUGGGGGUUACCUAGGGCUCUGUCAGAUCACUGUCCAAUUCUGGUGAGGGAUGAAACACGCAACUGGGGCCCCAAACCUUUCAAAUUUUAUAAUGUGUGGCUUCAAGAUCCUGCGUUUAGGAAAAUGGUUGAAGAUCAGUGGAAUAACUCAGAUAUUCGAGGAUGGGGAGGCUUUGUGUUGAAAGAGAAGCUAAAAAGAUUGAAGGCUGGCGCGAAGGAAUGGGCACAAUCUCAAGUGCAAAUGGUGGAUAACCAAAUUGAGAAGGCAAAAGCCAUUUUAGCUGAACUUGAUAUUAAAGGGGAAGCACAACAGCUUAAUGAACAGGAAUGCCUCCUCAAGAGAGACCUAAUGGUGUUGCACGAAGUUAACGAGCUAAAAGAAGGAGUAGCCAACUAUUUCACGAAUCUUUUCGCAGAUGAUGGCUGGAAGAGGCCAGUUUUAGAUGGAGUGGGAUUCAAUCAAAUUUCAGAAGCCGAGAAGGAUCUCUUAACAGAACCAUUCCUUGAAUCAGAGGUCAAAGCGGCAGUAUGGAAUUGUGAUAGUGCAAAGGCUCCAGGCCCGGAUGGCUUCAGCUUUGGGUUCCUAAAAGCAGAAUGGGAAGUGAUCAAGGAGGACAUUCUAAAGUUUCUAAAUGAUUUCCAUAAUAACAGCAGGAUGGUAAGGGGCUCCAAUCCGUCAUUUCUGGUGCUGAUACCAAAAAAGGAGAACCCACAAGGAAUCGAGGAAUACAGACCUAUCUCCCUGAUAGGCUGUAUGUACAAAAUUCUUGCUAAAAUCUUAGCCAACAGAUUAAGUAAGGUCAUGGACGGAAUCAUAAGUGACCAACAAUCAGCAUUCAUUGGAGGGAGACAACUAGUUGACGGAGUAGUCAUUGCUAAUGAAACAAUUGACGAGAUUAGAAGGAAAAGAAUGAGAUGCUUCCUGUUUAAGGCUGAUUUUGAGAAAGCAUACGACAAUAUCAGCUGGGAGUUUCUGGAUUACAUGCUGGAAAGAAUGAACUUCGGGCCAAUUUGGAGGGGAUGGAUCCAAGAAUGCCUUCGAUCAAACUCGAUCUCAGUUUUGCUCAACGGUAGUCCAACAAAGGAGUUCGCUAUGCAAAGAGGACUAAGGCAAGGUGAUCCCUUAGCCCCAUUCCUGUUUCUUAUCGUUGCGGAAGGGCUCAAUGGCAUCAUCUCGUCGGCUGUCGCGAAAGGACUAUUCGAAGGGGUCCCAAUUGGAGGAGGGGGUAUGAACAUAUCCCAUUUACAGUUUGCGGACGACACCUUACUGCUAGGAAUAGCAACAGAAGAUAAUGUCUGGACCUCAAAAUGCAUAAUGAGAGCCUUCGAACUUGUCUCCGGUUUGAAAAUAAACUACGGUAAAAGCUCCUUUAUUGGAAUCAAUGUUGAUAAAGUAUGGGAAGAGGAAAUGACUUGGCUAUUGAAUUGCAAAUCAGGGUCAUUACCGUGUAAGUACCUGGGCAUCCCUUUGGGAGCAGACCCGAGAAGGAUUGUUACAUGGAAGCCACUUAUCCACUCUUUUAAAAGAAAACUCUCAUCAUGGAAGGGGCGAUACCUAUCUUUCGGAGGAAGAAUCACGCUCAUAAACUCGGUGCUGUCCAGUUUACCUGUGUUCCUAAUGUCCUUUUUCCUCCUUCCAAAGAGUGUCAUAAGAGAGUUAGACAAAAUUAGGAGACGAUUCCUAUGGGGGGGAGUUGGGGAGAGAAAAAAAGUAGCAUGGGUAGCAUGGGAGAAUACUUGCCUAAACAAGCUUGAAGGGGGUUUGGGCAUUAAAAAUCUGUCAUGCUUUAAUAAGUCAUUAUUAGGAAAAUGGUGGGGAAGACUGCUUAUGGAGAAAGGGGGGCUGUGGAAGAGAGUCCUAGCUGAAAAAUAUGGGAUCAAAGAAGGGUAUUGGCUCACUUGCUUAAAGGAGGGCAGACCACAAGGCUCCAAAUGGUGGAGGGACGUUUGCAAAAUAGACCAAGGGGAGGGCAUAAUGAAUAACUGGGUGAGUUUGGGUUUUGAAGCAAAAUUGGGGGACGGUGGAACCUUGAAAUUCUGGUCGGAUGUAUGGGUAGGAGGGAGUGCACUCUCUAUCAAAUUCCCUCAUUUGUUUUUGUUAACCACAGACCAAAAUGCAACUAUUAAAGAUAUGGGAACCUGGAGGAAUAGCAGCUGGCACUGGAAAUUACCAUGGAAGCGCCAACUUCGCUCAUGGGAGGAGGAUCUAGAAAAAGAGCUUCUUGAGAUAAUUAAUACAACUCACCCUUCACAGAACAAAGAAGACCAGUGGAGUUGGCAUUUAGAAAUCUCAGGAAAUUACACAACUAAGUCUGCUUAUUCUCAACUAUCAAAGGGCGUUCCAAGGCAUGAAGGGGACUUCAAAAGGGUAUGGAAAGCACCUAUCCCACCCAAAGUAAGUGCAUUUUGUUGGCAAUUACUUCAUAGGAAAUUACCUACAAAAGAUAAUCUAGCAUCUCGCGGAAUUUUAACUGAUAUUGCAAGUUCUAAUUGUUGCUGGUGUGAUGCAUUUCCCGAGUCCCAUGACCACAUUUUCUUACAUUGUAACCUGGCUUACUCCUUGUGGAUUAAAUGUUACAAGUGGUGGGGAGUGCAUUAUGUUAUGAGUAAUUCGUGUAGAAUGGUUUUAGACCAACACAAAUGGACUGGAGGCAAUAAAUUAAUAGAUAGAGGGUGGAAUAUCAUUUGGUUUGCAGUGGUAUGGACUCUAUGGCUGGGAAGGAAUGACUGGAUUUUUAACAAAAAGGAGGUAAAGGCCGACUGUCUCCUUGAGCUAGUUCAAAUUCGAUCUUUCUACUGGGCUAAGAAUAUUGCCGGAAUGGACGGAUUCUCCUUGCAAGCUUGGUGCGAGAACCCAUCCAAUUGUUUAAAGACCACCAACAAAAGGAAAGACAGGGUCUGAACUAGCCUUCUUAUUGGAUUUUGUUAUGUUUUGCAUUGAUAUAGCAGGCGGCAGGAUAAUUUUGCAACCUGCUGUUUUGCUGCUCCUGUAAGAAUUGGGUUGGAAUACCCCUAGUAUUCCAAUAUUAAUAUUUCAUUCGCCUUUCAAAAAAAAAAUUUAUUGUUCUCAAUUUUCCAUAUCUCCUUAUAUUUCCUUUAGAUCUCAAGCCUUUCUUUCGAUCUUAUUCUUCUUUUCUUUUUUUUUUUUAACGAAAUGGGUUAAUAGAAACUAUUGCUUUGA